AUGGAUUUUAAAAGAGGAGAUAGAGUAGAAGUAUCUUCAAAAGAAGAGGGUUUUGUUGAAGAAGAUGAAACGAAGCUGUGGAGAGAAAUAGUUGAUGUAAAGAAUGUAAGGACUUUUCUGCCUGAGAUUAACUUAUACGAGUAUUCACUUCUUGAUAAGGUUGAUGUUUAUGAUAAUGAUGCGUGGUGGAUUGGGAGAAUUAGUGUUGUUCUUGAUGAUUCUAUGUAUUAUGUCUAUUUUGAAAAUUCUAGGGAUGAAAUUGCUUACCCUGUUGAUAAACUGAGGAUUCAUCAGGAGUUCGAUAAUGGGAAAUGGUCUGUUACUAAUCACAAAUGCCCGAUGUCGUUGGAUAUCCUACAGACAAUGGACCAAUUGAUCGUGACUGGAGACAGUGACCAAAUCUUGCAGAAAGCUAUUCAGCAACACGGGCGAGGCCAGGUAAUGGACACCCUGGCAGAAAUUCAGGAACGUCAUGGGGCUGUUAGAGACGUCGAGAGUAAGCUUCUUGAGUUGCAGCAGAUUUUCAUGGACAUGGCAGUGUUGGUGGAGUCACAAGGUGACAUGCUGGACAACAUAGAAUCACAGGUUUUAAGUGGUGUGGACCAUGUUCAAUCUGGAGCUGCUGCUCUUCAAAAAGAAAAGAAGCUUGAACGGAAUUCUCGAAAAUGGAUUCUAUUGAAAGGCCUCCUUUACAGGUUUGUUUUAACAAAAUUUGUCAAUGUACAACCUGAAGAUUGGGAUGACAAGGAGUACAUGGAUGAUCCUGAAGAUAAGAAGCCAGAGGUUGAGCAGUUAAGAAAGAGGUUUAUCCACUCUAUUGCUCCAAGAGGGCUUGCCGGUGAUAGACGGUAUGUAGUCCCUGCUUCAGGAUUUAGUUUUAGUGCACAGCAGAUAUGUUAA